GAGGAGGAGGAGAAGAGAGGGAGGGGAGCCAAGAGACCCCGUCGCGUUUUGACCCUCGGAAACCUACACACCACCACCACAACCACCACCAUCAUCCCCACCAUCACUCCUGCUCCUCCUCCUCCUCCUCCUCUCCGUCCUCUCUCCUCUGACUCCAAACAACACCAUCGCUCAUUCGCAGUCAUCUCAGCCGACCGUCGCCGUGUGGACAGCGAGCACAAGGGGCCAAAAAGGACAAGAGCGGUCGCUUCCUCCGUCUGAACCUCCACACGCACACCGAGCAUCCCGAGGCUCUGCGAGCCGGAGCGAGGGGCGCACCAGUCGGAGGCGAGGCGCUGCAGGGACCGCCGGCUGCUCGCUCCAGAGGAGGGUCUUUUUUCUUCCUGGACUAUACCCAGGGAGCAGCACCCGGACUGGACGAAUAUUUACGUCUCGGACUCCGGGGACAAGAGGAGGAGGCAGCAGAGCUCACUGGACUAGCCGAGCAGCGCAUCAUCCUCUCCGGGUGGAGGGCUGGCUGUCGAGUCGCAUGGAGAAGAGGUAUGAAGAGCUGGUGCACUACUCAGGGUCGGAGGCCAUGUCAGUGGGGGGGUACGGCGACGACGUCAGGCCGCUUCCUCCCCCACAUUACGGAGCCACCAUCCCUGACUCACUCAAACACCACAAAGACCUGAUUUAUGGACACCCACUGUUUCCACUGCUGGCCUUAGUGUUUGAGAAGUGUGAGCUGGCCACUUGCUCCCCUCGAGACCCUGCCUCCUUCUCCGCCACCUCCCACCUCCCGGGCAUGAACAACCACAGCGACGUCUGUUCCUCGGAAUCCUUCAACGAUGACAUCGCUGCCUUCGCUAAGCAGAUUCGUUCGGAGAAACCCAUAUUUUCGUCCAAUCCUGAGCUGGACAACUUGAUGAUCCAGGCCAUACAGGUUCUACGCUUUCAUCUACUGGAGUUGGAGAAGGUGCACGACCUCUGCGACAACUUCUGCCAUCGCUACAUCACCUGUCUGAAGGGCAAAAUGCCCACGGACCUGGUCCUGGAUGAUCGGGAGGGCGGUUCCAAGUCUGACAUGGAGGACUUCACUGGAUCCUGCACCAGUCUGUCAGAGCAGAAUGCAUCAUGGCUUCGGGAGCCAGAUGAAUGUGCCUCUACUCCUCUGGGAACACCAGGCACCUGUGGCCUGCCCUCACACAGCACAGCAGACAACUGCAGCGACACAGGCGAUGGUCUGGAUGGAGGACUGGGCUCCCCCAGCACAGGAGAGGAGGAUGAGUCCGACAGAGACCGGAGGAACAACAAGAAGAGAGGGAUCUUCCCUAAAGUGGCCACAAACAUCAUGAGAGCGUGGCUCUUCCAGCACCUGUCGCACCCAUACCCAUCUGAGGAGCAGAAGAAGCAGCUGGCUCAGGACACGGGACUGACCAUCUUACAGGUCAACAACUGGUUCAUCAACGCCAGGAGGAGAAUAGUUCAGCCGAUGAUCGACCAGACAAAUCGCUCAGGUCAGGGUGGUCCCUACAGCCCAGAGGGAGCGGCCCUCGGGGGCUACGGGCUUGACGGACAGGCCCACCUCGGUCUUCGAACAGCAGGCGGAUGCAGCUUCACAUGA